AGCUCCUAUCGGGUAUAUCAAAUAUUGAAAUACAAGAAAUUUGGGAGGUUUCUCAUAUUGCGAUGAAUUCGACGUCCAAGCCACAUUAUGUUGUGAUUCUUAAGGAUUCGACUCUACUUUGUACAUCACAAGGAAUCAAAAGCUUUACAUCUGUACCAUUAUACCAUAUUGAUCAGAUUCGUUCUGUUAAUGUAUAUACAUCAAAUAUAAAGGAAAACAUUAAUAAAAAGCUCCAAUUCGGUACUACAAUGUCAGUAGCCAAGACCAGCGUUCAAAUUGCACUAUCAGAAGGUAUUACAGCAGAAUUGAUUGGAAUUUUAACACAGUUUAUAACGAAGUAUCAUCGCACUACUAGGUUGGGUAUUGAAGAAACUCAUAAUGUAAAAUAUGAAAAGGCCAAUGACUCUAUUGUUGAAAGCAGAUCUAAUAGUCGACAACUAUUAAUUGAACUAGAUUCUAAUUGUAAUCUUAUUGAAGUUUCUAAUCCUGAAUAUCAUAAGCCAAAAGGCCGUCCUCCGAAAAGAUUAAAAUCAUUUAUUGAAGAAAAUAAACAACAUAUGAGCCGUGAACAAAGAACAU